AUGGAUGAAAUCAGGCGCAGGGAACAGGAAGAGGAAGAUCGUCGUGUCAGAUCGAGGUCAAACAUGGCGAACAAGAUGAAAAUGACACAAGAAACCAAAGCACUGAUACCUGAGGAACAGAGAAAUAUGUUUUCGAAUGGAUUUUCAUCCAAAGAUACUUCCGUAUGCAUUCUUUGCGGCGUCCCAUUGGUCGAAGGAAUACCAGACGACUUCGAAACGAGCACAGAUAUGGAACUGAAGCGCAAGCUCGUGGUGCACGACAAGUUCAUGUCACCAUGGCAAUUCACUAAGAAUCUCACCACCGCAGACAAAGACCUUUCACGCAAGGUAUUUUUUGGUAGAUGCGGCCAUGUUUACUGUGGGAGAUGUAUCAACAACAUCAACAGAUACGCAAAACAGAAAGGCAAAUCCAGGCCUAAGAAGAAAAAAACCGAUCUGGACAAAGUUGGGGUGGAGCACAUGGAUUUGAACGAUCCGGAGUACUCAGCUCCCAAUCGUUGCGUGGCGCAAGAUUGUAAAAGGCUUUUGACAGGUAACUACUUUUUCCGCGAGUUAUAUGUCUGA